UCUCACUGAGUUGCUUAGCACCUCUCCAUUGCUGAGGCUGCCUUUGAACUUGGGAUCCUCCUGUCUCAGCCUCCCAAGCUGCUGAGAUUACAGGUAUCAUCUUCCUCCCACCCAAGGAGUUAUUUUGAAUGCCUCCUCCCUGAGUUUGGUGGUCUGCUUCUGGAGUGGUCAGUUCUUCUGCUGACAUGCCCACCCAGCUGGAGAUGGCCAUGGACACCAUGAUUAGAAUCUUCCACCGGUACUCCUGCAAGGAAGGGGACAGAUUCAAGCUCAACAAGGGGGAACUGAAGCUGCUUUUGCAGCGAGAGCUCACAGAAUUCCUCUCGUGCCAAAAGGAUCCCCAGUUGGUUGAUAAGAUAAUGCAGGACCUGGAUGCCAAUAAGGACAAUGAAGUGGAUUUUAAUGAAUUCGUGGUCAUGGUGGCAGCUCUUACAGUUGCCUGUAAUGAUUACUUUGUAGAACAACUGAAGAAGAAAGGAAAAUAAAGUAGUAAGCUAAACUAAAGGCAGAAAUACAUCCAAAGUUAUUUAGUUAUGGUUUAUGUAUAUCCUUUAGCUCUACAGACACAGUGAUAUCACCUAUGGUUAUAAUAUGCAUAUAAAAUUGCUAGCAAUAUUAAGUGUGUACUUUAAUAUACUGACUUUACAUAGAUAUUCCAAAACUUAUAUUCCCUACUUGAAAUUUUCCUAUAUUAUUUAAGAUGUUUUAUGUAUUUAUUUGUCUGUCAAAAAGAGAACAUUAGGGCUGGGGAUAUAGCUCAGAGGGUAGAGUGCUUGCCUUGCAUGCACAAGGCCCUGGGUUUGAUCCCGAGGACCAAAAAAAAAAAAAAAAAAAGAGAGAGAGAGAGAGAGAGAGAGAGAGAGAGAGAGAGACAGAACAUCAAGGGGCUGGAGUUGUAGCUCAGUGGUAGCACACUUGCUUAGCAUGUGUGAGGCACUGGGUUCAAUUCUCAGCACUGCAUAUAAAUAAAUAAAAUAAAGGUACAACUAACAAAUCUACACACACACACACAUACAUACAUUAUAUAUAUAUUUUAAAUUUAUAUAUAUAAUUUUUAAAAAGAACAUCAAAAGAAAAUUUAAUUACUUUCAAAUGGGACUAGAACUUGGCAAAUUUCUAAGUUAAUCUCAUCUUUUAAGUGUAUUAGAGAAAUUCCCACUCAAUUAAAAUAAUCACCUUGUUCUCCCCACACUUUUGUGAUUCUGUGUCUAGUGGAAGAAGCUGUGAGGAUCUAUAAGUAGGGAAUUGCUGGCCUUUGCAUGAGUCAGGUUAGGGAAUGAAUAAACUAGAGGGCUGGGUGAUCAAGCCAAAAGAACUGGAGUCAGCAUCUCUUGGGACUUGGUGUAUAAACACUUCACCUUGCCUCCUGGGCUGGCUAAUUCCGAGAUAAGUGUUUUACAUCAUUUCCUAGUGCUUCCCCCUGGGAUUAGGCUUCAGUAGGCCCUAGGAGGUCACCUUCUUUCCUUGUCUCAUUACACUUCCCAAACCCAUGUUUCUUGCAUCUCUCAAAUAAAUGUUUGCAUGAAAACCUUCACCUCAGUUUCUGCUUCUGGGGAACUCAAACUAUAACAGAUCCUUUUGGACAAUUUUAAUAAAAAGAGUGGUGUGGUUAA